AUGGCAUCCACUCCGAGACCCAAUCCUGACAUCGUUCACAGUCUCAUUCAAGACCGCGUGGCCCUCGUUACCGGCGCUGCUCGAGGAAUCGGCUUUGCAACAGCAGCUCUUCUUGCGCAGCAUGGUGCGCGUGUAGUCCUUGUUGAUUUGCGGGAAGAAGAUCUGAAAAAGGCAUGUGCCACAAUUGGCAAGCAGGCGACAUGGCAAGUCUGCGACGUGAACAACUGGGACCAACAAUUGGCUUUGUUCGAUCACGUCAAGAAGACGGUGGGAUCUAUCAGCCUGAUGGUCUGCAAUGCGGCUGUCAACCCGGAAGUCGCUCUCUUGCAGACCCACGACGUGGAAAAGCAUGCGCGGAUGAACUCGCAAGUCCGACACAAUUACCUGGCAGAUGAGCGCAGCAUACAAGGGGAUACUCUUGAGAAACCAUCCACCCAGCUCAUCGAUAUCAAUGUCAAUUCCGUCAUCUUUGGACUGAAAUUGGGCAUCCACCACAUGAAACAGCACGGUGGGGGCCGUAUCGUGGUCAUUGGAUCUGCCGCAUCCUACGUUCCGGUUUCCUCGCAGCCGCUGUAUACAGCUAGUAAGCACGCCGUACUGGGAUUGUGUCGGGCCACGUCUCAGAUCAGCGAGGUGGUGGACUCGGGGAUCUCGAUAUCUUGGAUUGCUCCUUGGUUGACCUUAACUCCUAUGGUGGAAGGUCUUCAGGCGGCAACUAGCCCCGACACCCUCAAGAGCUCACCGGAGGACGUUGCGUGGGGAGUUAUUGCUGCUGCGGCUGCUGAGAAUCCUACUGGCAAGGGCUACUGGGUGCAAGGACAGGCGAUCAGUGAAGUGGAGGGCGCUUACGGUGAACUGGCAGGGAAAUUGAUCCUUCCGGAGAACCGGUUUUAG